AUGGCGAAUAUACCAUCGAUACAGGACAUCGAAGCGGUGGACGAUAAUUGGGGGCCGACAUUUCGUUCAAUUCUUGAAAGUGACUCAAAUGAUAUACUCUCGGAUCAAAUUGAGGCCCGAAUUCGGUCGCAUGAUAAGGACAUCGAACGGAUUUGCAAUCUCUACUAUCAGGGAUUUAUUGAUUCGAUACGAGAGCUGUUGCAUGUACGAACACAGGCCAACAACUUGAAUGAGGAAGUGAUGCAAUUGGACGAUACAUUGGGCAAAGCAUCAACAGGUGUUUUGGCCAAAGGAAAAGAUUUGGUGCGAGCACGGAAAAUCGAAAGCAACAUUGCAAACACAAUUGAUGCGCUGAGCAGUUGUUUGCCGGUGCUUGAGUGUUUCACAAAAUUGUUGAAGCAAGUGGAAGAGAAACGAUAUUAUCCAGCACUAAAAACACUAGAGAUUCUCGAAAGUGAACACUUGCCCAAAAUGGAUAAGUAUCGCUUUGCAUCGCAGAUGAAAAGUGCCGUUCCAAAGCUCAAAGAGCAAAUCAAACAAUCGUCCGAAGAGGAUUUCCGUGAGUUUUUAGAGAAUAUCCGAAAAUUUUCGCCGAAAAUCGGUGAAGUUGCGAUGCGACACACGAAAAAGCAUCAAAAACGCGAUUUGACCUCAAUUAUCAGUGAGUACAAAACGACGAUGAGCUCGAACGACGACUAUUCCGUCGACGAGGACGAUUUGUCUGCACAAGAUUUAAUCGAUUUUUCACCCAUUUAUCGAUGCCUUCACAUUUACACCGUGCUCAAUGACAAGGAGUACUUUGAAAAGGAUUACCGCAAACAACGACGUGAUCAAGCAAAAUUAGUUCUUCAGGCACCGCAAGCGAUGCACGACAAUUUGGAGGCGUACAAAAACUAUAUAUACUCAAUUGUUGGUUUCUUUAUCGUCGAAGAUCAUGUAAUGAACACAGCUGGCGACGUUGUGAAUCGUUCGUAUUUAGACGAUUUGUGGUCGUCAUCAUUAUCGCGUGCUGUGAACGUUCUUAGCAUGAGCUCAUCAUCGUGUACUGACCCAAAUAUUUUGCUACGUAUCAAAAAUUUGAUUAUGCUUUGCAUUACAACACUGAAAACAUACGGCUAUACGGUGUCACAAUUAUGGGACUUGCUACUGGAAAUGAGAGAUCAUUAUAAUGAGGUCUUGCUGCAGCGAUGGGUCAACGAAUUCCGUGAAAUUCUCAACAAAUGCGACUAUUUGCCACUUCAAGUUCAUGAUCAAGAGCAGUACGAUGCAGUUUUAGAACGUUUCCCAUUCCAUUCGGAGCAAUUGGAGGUACAGCCAUUCCCAAAGAAAUUCCCAUUUUCAACAAUGGUGCCCGAGGUCUACCAUCAAGCCAAGGAAUUUAUGUAUGCAUGCAUGAAAUUUUCGGAAGAAUUAACCCUGUCACCGAAUGAAAUAGCGGCAAUGGUACGGAAAGCUGCAAAUCUGCUGUUGACACGCAGUUUCAGCGGUUGUCUAUCGGCCAUUUUCCGAAAUCCUAGUCUAGCGCUGAUGCAAGUCGUACAAAUUAUCAUCGAUACACAGUACUUGGAGAAAGCCGGCCCAUUUUUAGAUGAUUUUGUGUGCAAAAUGACGGGAACGCAACAGGAGAUCAAACAAGCACCAUCGGCCAUGUUUCAAGUGGCACGAGCCGAAGCAGAGAUGCAAGUGUCCGCCAAAUUGUGUUCAAAAUUGGAUGAAUUCUUUGAAGAGCUCGAAAAUUACGACUGGCUUUUGCCCGAUCCAAAGGGUCAUGCAUCACCAUUCAUCACCGAUAUGAUCGCCUUUUUGCAAAGCACCUUCCAAAGUUUCUCGUAUCUAUUGCCAAAUGUGGCACAAGUCACGUGUAAGAAAGCCUGUGAACACAUCGCAAACUCAUUCUACAAACUGCUGCUGAGCGAUGACGUGCGCCAGAUAUCAACCGGUGCUCUGCAACAAAUUAGCCUUGAUUUGAUGCAAUGCGAAGUAUUUGCGGGAACAGAUCCGGUGCCUGGACUCAAAGUCGAUGAAGCGUCCGCCUAUUUUGCAGAACUACGUCAACUAUUAGAUCUUCUAAUCUCAGAAGAGUGGAGUAUUUACUUAAGCGACUAUGGCAAACCAGAUAAUCGUUACAAUUUAGUACAACCAAAAGCCAUUAUCGUUGUCUUGGAGAAGAUACGCGAAGCGGAUAAGAAGAAUGUUUUUUCCGUGCUGAAAAAAUCUGAACGUGACAAGAAAAAAUUAUGGGAAACGGUACUAAAACAACUAAAACAAUUGGUUAAUUAAACAAUUGGCCGAUCGAUAAGACAUCGUUGUUUCCGUCAUCAUAUCUAUCGGGCUCAAUUCUCAUAUCGCUAUUAGUUUUCAUCAAAUGGCUUCUUGCUUGGCAAUAAUUUAAAUGAAUAAUCUAAACAUUUCCUAUGUUAACUGUUAAUAAAUAAGCAAAUAAAACUUAUCACAACUAAUCAAAUGGUUAUCGAA